AUGAAGAAUUCUGGAAAAGAGAUUGGAUUACCAUUGAAUCUUGACAUUAAGAAGAAACUUUCUCUUCAAUCUAAUGCCUCCAAAGGUCCACCAUCCCCCAAGCUACCUUUUUUCAUUGGUGUUGCUGGUGGAACUGCAUCUGGAAAAACAACUGUGUGCAACCUAAUAAAUACUCAGCUUCAUGAUCAACGUAUUGUCCUCAUUAAUCAAGACUCAUUUUACCACUCAUUGAGUGACAAGAUCUUACAAAAAGUUAAUGACUACAAUUUUGAUCAUCCUGAGGCAUUUGAUACGGAGCUUAUGCUUUCUACUAUGGAGAAAUUAAAACAUGGACAAGUUGUUAACAUACCAAAUUAUGAUAUCAAUAGUCGUAAGAGAGUUGAACCACCACGUCAGGUUCACCCUGCAGAUAUCAUAGUUUUAGAAGGGAUACUUGUUCUUCAUGAUUCUCGUGUUCGUGAUCUUUUGAACAUGAAGAUCUUUGUUGACGAAGAUUCUGAUAUACGCCUUGCACGAAGGAUUCAACGUCACACUAUUGAACGUGGAAGGAACAUUCAAAAUGUUCUAGACCAAUAUUGCAGAUUUGUGAAACCUAGUUUUGAAGAUUUUGUACUUCCAACAAAAAAAUAUGCUGAUAUUAUCAUCCCUGGUGGAGGAGAUAAUGAUGUUGCCAUUGACUUGAUCAUGCAAAAUAUUCGUACAAAGCUUGGUCAACAUGAUUUGUGUAAAAUAUAUCCAAAUAUUUUUAUCAUUUUUUCUACAUUUCAGAUAAAGGGAAUGCAUACUCUCAUACGUGAUGUUGGAACUACAAAGCAUGAUUUUGUUUUUUAUUCAGAUCGUCUUAUUAGACUGGUUGUUGAACAUGGACUUGGUCAUCUUCCUUUUACAGAAAAGCAAGUCACAACACCAACAGGAUCUGUAUACUCUGGUGUGGUUUUCUGUAGCAGGCUAUGUGGAGUGUCAAUUAUUAGAAGUGGAGAAAGCAUGGAGAAUGCAUUAAGAGCAUGUUGUAAAGGAAUCAAAAUUGGUAAAAUUCUUAUUCAUGGACAUGGCACAAAUGGUAGACAGUUAAUAUAUGAGAAACUACCAUCAGAUAUUGCAAGUCGUCAUGUGUUGCUACUUGAUCCUGUUCUGGCUACAGGAAAUUCUGCUAUAAAAGCUAUCUCACUGCUUUUGAAUAAGGGCGUGCCAGAAUCCAACAUAAUCUUUCUAAAUUUAAUAGCAUCACCACAAGGAAUAAAUGCAGUUUUUGAGAGAUUUCCAGCGAUAAAACUUGUGACAUCGGAGAUUGAUGCAACACUGAAUGAGAAUUCUCGUGUGAUCCCUGGCUUAGGGGAGUUUGGUGAUCGUUAUUUUGCCACAGAUGAUUAG